UCCCCUUUUUUUGUUUCUUUAAUUUUUUGUUUUUGUUUUUUGUUUUCAUUUGUACUAUUUUUUAUUUUCUGCCUUUUCUGUUCCUUCUUUCUUUUAGUUUUCCAAAAUACAUGUUGACUUCUUUAAAAUACAUGGCGAAUUUUUUCAUACAGGUUCAACAUUCUUUAGAUACACAUUGAAUACUUUUCUAAUACAUGAUGUACAUUCUGUACAUGUUAAUUUUUUUUAAAUGCACACUGACAUUUUCAAGACACAACUAUCAAUGCACAUUGAACAUUUUUAACGAAUGUCAUGAAUAGUUUGUAAAACAUGCGAACAUUUCUUAACUGUUCAUGAUUUUUUAUGCAAUAAUUUUUUGAAAUUCCUUGAAGAUUAUUUUACAUUUCAGGAACUUUGUUUUUAACUGUGAAGAACAUUAUUUUAAAUGUAUGAACAUUUUACUAUAAAUUAAUCACACGAUGUUUUUACAUUUUCAGGAUUUUUAUAUAAAAUGUGGUAAAAUUAAUUUGGAAAUUUGAAUAAUUACACCAACCAUUUUUUGAUCGUUGUGAACAGUUUUAGAAAUUGCGCAAACUAUUUUUCACACUUCAUGAUCAUUUUUAAUGCUUGAUGAACGUGAGAAAAAUUGCGCAAACUAUUUUUUACACUUCAUGAAGUGUUACCAGAAAUUAUUUGAUGGCCAACAUUUUUUUUAGCAAAAUUUGAUGGCCAACUCUGUUGUCCAUUCCUGCCGGGCACAGAAAUGAGAGAAAAGGCCCAGCAACCCAAAAGUCUAACAGGCUUCCGUCAACUUCAUCCUGUUGGUCCCUGCACAAAACAAGAAAACUCCACUCUGUUUAGUUGGCGAGCCCACUUCUCCUUCGUCAGGAAAAACUCCGCGCUCUUCGGUCUUAGUCAGAAAGAAAGGAAAAAAAAAAGAGACAAAAAGCUCCGCCGUUCGGACGAGACACGACGACCGGCGUUGCCACGCUCUCGGCCGCACCGCAUGCCGGCUCCCGCCACGCUCGCCACCUUCAACGCCCUCGUCGCCUCGCUCGCGCGCUCCGGCCGCCCCUCGCUGGCGCUCCUCGCCUUCCGUGACAUGCUCGCGCGGGGCUUCCCGCCCGACCACUUCACCCUGCCCCCGGUCCUCCGCAGCUGCGCGCUCACCGGCUCCGCCGCCCUGGCCGCCUCCUCGCACGCCCUCUCCGUCAAGCUUGGCGCCCACGGAAACCUCUUCGUGGCGUCCGCGCUCGUGCAGUGCUACGCGGGCAUGCCCAACCUCCCCGACGCGCGGAGGCUGUUCGACGGAAUGCGCGAGAGGGAUGCCGUUCUGUGGACGUCCAUGCUGUCCGCGUACGCGCAGGGUGGGCAGCCAGAGGAGGCUCUGCGGCUGUUCCAGGGGAUGGUGGUGGCCGAGGUGCAGCUGGAUGCGGUGGUCAUGGUCAGCCUUCUUCUCGCGUGUGGCCAGCUCGGGUGGCGGCGCCAUGGGAGAAGCGUGCACGCAUGCUGCGUCCGGAUGUUCCUGGGGAUGCCGCUGUCUCUGGGGAACGCGCUUGUGGACAUGUACGUCAAGUGCGGCGAGCUUGAAUCCGCCGAAUGCGUAUUUUCUGCGAUGCCCAGGCGGGAUGUUAUCUCGUGGAGUGCUCUGAUUGUUGGCCAUGGUUUGAAUGGGCGUCCUGAUGUUGCUCUGAGGCUCUUUGAUGAAAUGGUGGCCAAAGGAGUGGAACAGAACUCAGUCACCUUUCUUGGUGCCCUGUCGGCCUGUGCGCAUUCAGGCAUGGUGGACAAAGCGUAUGCUAUAUUCGAGCAGAUGAAACAGCGGGGCAUCAAGCGUGAGCUUAAGCAUUACUCUUGCAUGGCUGAUGCGUUAGGGAGGGCAGGCCGUGUUCUUGAGGCAGUAAAUCUCAUAGAGGAAAUGCCUUGCCAGCCUGACGAGGCUAUCCUUGGUAGUGUGUUGGCAGCUUGCCGAGUGCAUGGUGAAAUGGACGCUGCUGAACGGAUUUCAAAGAGAUUGAUGAGCAUGUCUCCUGCAAAGAGCGGCUACUACAUGAGCUUGGCAAACAUAUAUUCAGAUGCUGGAAGGUAUGGUGAUGCAGAGAGAAUAAGAGGCUUCAUGAAGGAAGUUAAAGUCGACAAGCUUCCUGGAUAUAGUUCAGUUGAACUCGAUGUUUCUGUCUCUGAAUCAAAAAAUGUAUAAUUAGUUCCAUAUAGUGCGCAAUGGAUUUUGAAGCAUUUGAGCUGUUUGGCAAGCCUGGUGGCAUACACUCAGUGCAGUGUAUGCUUUGAAGAAAAAUAUAGGCACCUGGUGGAUGGGAAGUGCAAAUGAGAUGACUUGGCAACUCAACAAGACAGUUUUUGGGGAGGAUUAUAACAUUACAGAGAGAUGCUGAGUUAGUGCACUCAUAGUGGAAGUGUUUGAUUAUGACAUUAGUGACAUGGUAGUUGCUGAGUUAGUAUUGUCAAGUUGUGAAGUGUCAAGAGGUGCGGGGAAGGCAUUUCUUCGAGCAGACAAGGGCAGGCCGUGUUCUUGAGGCAGUAAAUCUCAUAGAGGAAAUGCCUUGCCAGCCUGACGAGGCUAUCCUUGGUAGUGUGUUGGCAGCUUGCCGAGCGCAUGGUGAAAUGGACGCUGCUGAACGGAUUUCAAAGAGAUUGAUGAGCAUGUCUCCUGCAAAGAGCGGCUACUACAUGAGCUUGGCAAACAUAUAUUCAGAUGCUGGAAGGUAUGGUGAUGCAGAGAGAAUAAGAGGCUUCAUGAAGGAAGUUAAAGUCGACAAGCUUCCUGGAUAUAGUUCAGUUGAACUUGACGUUUCUGUCUCUGAAUCAAAAAAUGUAUAAUUAGUUCCAUAUAGUGCUCAAUGGAUUUUGAAGCACUUGAGCUGUUUGGCAAGCCUGGUGGCAUACACUGCAGUAGUGCAGUGUAUGCUUUGAAGAAAAAUACAGGCACCUGGUGGAUGGGAAGUGCAAAUGAGAUGACUUGGCAACUCAACAAGACAGUUUUUGGGAGGAUUAUAACAUUGCAGACAGAUGCUGAGUUAGUGGAUUCAUAGUGGAAGUGUUUGAUUAUGACAUCACCGACAUGGAGUUGCUGAGUUAUUGUUGUCAAAUUGUGAAGUGUCAAGAGGUGUGGGGAAGGCAUCUCUUCGAGCAGACAAGGACAGAAUUCAAGAGGCUGAUGAAACAGCACAUGAUGAUCACAUACAGGAAGCACAGACUCCUCCUACGUGUACUUCAGGUCUUCAGUCAUGAGAGAAUAUAUGCCUCGUGCUUGAUGAGUUGUCAAUGUAAUGAGGUUCAAAUAGCUUCUGAAACUGACACAGGAUUAUCAUCAAAUAUGUGAGCAUCUGACUAGCAAGGUGUAAAUUAAGAUUGGUGUUGUAUUCACAGGAAAGUCUUUAAGAAAAUGCGCUGGUACUACUGGCAACUGGUAAGGCUUAUUCGCUCGUAGAAUUUCUCUGUUCAAAAUAUGAUCUUACGAUGGAACGGGACUACCAAAAGGAACGCAAUGUGGUUUCUAUUGGCCAUGUCAA